GGUGCGUCGAGGACGGUGUUCUCUUCUCCUUCGUUCUGCUACUCUUGUGCUCUUCGUCGUUGCCUGAGAGAAGCAGUGUCUGGCUGUGACGAACUGUUACGUAUCCACCCCGCACGGCUUCACAACAAUGAAGUCUCCUGUGCUUCUCCUGGCGACAACCGCGGCGUUCUUUCCAGCCUACGCAUUCCAGCUUCCCUUCAAGCUCCCAUUCAACCUCUUCUCUAGUGACUCGCAAACGCCUCUGAUUGCCCUUCCCGAAGUCCCGGAGACACAGACUAUCCCAAACCGCGUCGCUAUCAUUGGCGCGGGCGCAGCUGGAUCAUCAGCCGCCUUUUGGAUCGCCAAAGCGAAGGAGAGGUAUGGGCUGGACGUAGAGAUAGACGUGUACGACAAAAACACCUACAUUGGAGGCCGCAGCACGACUGUAUAUCCCUACGAUGACCCCACUCUCGAGCCUCACGAACUCGGCGCGUCUAUAUUCAUCAAGGCGAACAAGAACAUGUGGCGUGCGGUAGACGAGUUCGGCCUUGAGCGCGUCGGGUUCAGCGGUGAAGACGAAGACGAUGUUAUGGGCAUAUGGGACGGCCAUGAGUUCGUCUUGACGACAGGUGGUGGUGGGUUCUACAGCGACUGGCUUGACAAGAUCAAAAUUCUGUGGAGGUAUGGCUACAAGGCCCCGACGAAGACGCAAGCUCUGGUCAAGUCAAUGAUCGACAAGUUCGUGACCCUGUACGAACCGUCGCCCCCGCGGUGGUCCAACAUCACAUCGGUCGCGAAUGACCUCGAAUGGCUGGAGAUUACCGCUCAGACAACAGCAGAGUACCUUGACUCGCAGGGUAUUGACAGACGAUUCUCCCGCGAGCUCGUGGAAGCCGCAACUCGGGUGAACUAUGGCCACGACGUCGACAAAAUCCAUGCGCUCGAGGGCAUGUGCUCUCUCGCGCCGACCGGCGCAUCCAGUGUCAAGGGCGGGAACUGGCAGAUCUUCGAGCACUUCAUCGCGCAAUCUGGCGCACGGGUCUUCCUGAACACGACGGUGAAGUCUGUCACGAAGCUCUCCUCCAAAGUGCCCUGGAUCAUCCAAACCGCCUCCUCCUCCGAAGGUCGCCUCUACCGCGCGGUCAUCAUCGCGGCGCCGUAUCACCAAACGGGGCUCAAAGUGACUACCGGUUCCUCAGACCUUGCCGCGACGGUCCCCGAGCAGCCUUACGUGCAUUUGCACGUGACGCUCCUCAGUACAUCCGCGCGCACGCCCAACGCGUCCUACUUCAACCUCCCGCCGCAUGCUGAGGCGCCUACGACCGUCCUCACGACGCAUGACGGCGUUCGGCUGCGGGGGCGCCCAGAGCCAGAGUUCAACUCGCUCACCUAUCACGGGCACGUCCUCACCAAGGAGGGCGAAAAGAGGCUGACGGAGACGGGGGAGGAAGAGUGGGUCGUGAAGAUCUUCUCGAAGGCGCGGCUGGACGACGAGUGGCUGCGGGGGGUGUUUGGAGGGAAGGUCGGGUGGGUGCUGCGGAAGGAGUGGGACGCGUACCCGGUGCUACCGCCCACGACGGAGUUCCCGCCGGUGAAGCUCGCGGAGGGGCUGUACUACGUGAACGCGUUCGAGCCGUUGAUCUCGACGAUGGAGACGGAGACAAUCGCGGCGCGGAACGUGGUCGAGUUGCUCUUGAAGGAGGAAUACGGCGCUGGGCUGUGCAAGCCGGGCACGACUGAGGACGAGGUGGGCGCGAGCAGCCCGCGAGAGCACGAUUUCGUGUAUGGCUGGGAUUGCUGAGGAAGAAAUGCGAGGAGGCGCAGGCCCGCGGGUUUAAAGCCGGGUAAUGACACCUUCCACGUACUGUAUGUUUCACGAUUACUAUGCUUGUGCUCGUUGACUCCUCCAUGAUAGUUUAGGAUGCUUUGAUGUAGAUUAUCGCUGUGAUUGGCAUAGUAUCCGCUUUCGUUCGCUUGGUAAUUUAACUUGAUUCACCCCU